AAAUAAUCUACUCUAAUCUUCAAUCACAAAAAAUCGAAGAUUCUUAAUUUCAGUACUUUAAAAUUUUCAACAUUUUAAAAGAGACUAACUGACAGGCUACAAAUAAAAAAUUCAAUAGUAUUUAAAUAAUACUUAUAAUUGAAUAGAAAAAAAGCUUUACUUGUUUCGAAAAUGAAGUAUUUCUAUUUACUUUUUAUGUGCCUUCUCAAAAAUUCGGUUUGUCUUGACUAUGACGGAUGGUUGAAUAUUAAACUGGAGCACAACAUCAACUGUAAAAAUGAAAAUUUUUGCUCCCGUGGGAAUAUAUCUUUAAAAAGUAUAAAGGCUGGAUCCGCUGUUAUAGAUCAAAUAUCUUUUACUAAAUCUCACAUAGAUGAACUUAAGGAACAUGCUGAUAUAGAUGGGUUGUAUUCAAUACGAAGCUUGGUUACAUCUGCAGAUAGUAAAGAAACAGAGUUUUUAUCAUCAGUAAAAGCAAAACUAUUUUUAGAGAACAGACUAUCAGAUGUCAUUAGUGCAUGGAUAUUGCCUAAUGGAGAUGUAAUUGCACUAACUUUCCAAGUUAACAGUUAUUCUUCCCAUAACCAUAGUUUGCAAUAUGACCAAGCAGAGUAUCCACUUCAUUCAAAUUUCUAUAUUCGGCAUGUGGAUCAGGCUCCUGUUCCGGACACAGCUUCCUAUAUACAGAAAUUGGAACGGGAACGAGAAGCAAGAGAAAAGGGUGAUUUAAAGGACAAUCGAUCAUUCUUAGCCAAAUAUUGGAUGUACAUAGUGCCCAUAGCUAUCUUUGUAAUGAUAUCUGGCAUUACAAAUCCUGAACCUGCCCCUCAAGCUUCGAGAUAACUAGGUUAAUUUUAGUAUUUUUAACUUAACUGAAGUCAUAUACCUAGUAAAGCUCUUAUUUAAUCAUUAAAACUAUAUUUCUUAGUUUAUGGGUAAAUAUUUAAUGUGUUCUAAAACAAAAUAAAAAGUUUGAAUAACAA